AUGAGUGCUAACGUAACAGAUGAAUUAUGUAAGAUUUGUGACGGACGCAUAGAGUGCGCGCCCACCGCCAUCCUGCUGAUCUCCCUGGUGCACACCCUGUACGGGCACAUCGGGCCCGAGCCGGACUACUUCGGCAAGAACAGGCGGAACCUGCUCAAGCAGGUGGAGGAGGACGGCAAGGCUCCCUACAAACACUUCACCUACUUCGAUAGGUUCCCCGAGGACCACAGCAAGAGGAAGGGCAGCGCAGACACCGAUGGAGACUAUGACUUCGUCGUGGUGGGCGGCGGGACAGCAGGCUGCGUGCUGGCCAGCAGGCUCUCCGAGAACAGGAAGUGGAAGGUUCUCAUGAUUGAAGCUGGACCAGAGGAACCCAAGAUGGCUUUGAUACCCGGGCUGACGAGCGAGUUCAAAGGGUCCAGCGUGGACUGGCAGUACUCUAUGCGACCAAAGAAGGGGUUCUGUCAGAAUCGAGGUGAUCGAGGGUGCGAGGUAGUGCAGGGCAGAGUGCUUGGCGGUACCUCCUCCAUCAAUGAUAUGGCAUACAUGAGAGGAAGUCCGGCCGACUAUGACGAGUGGGCCGUCAACGGUAAUGACGGAUGGUCUUUCAGCGAGGUUCUACCUUACUUCAAAUACUCAGAAGGAAAUUACGACAAGGAUAUAUCGAAAAACAAGUUUUUUCAUUCAACACAGGGACCGCUCGAUGUCGGCCGGUAUCCAUACGUCGAUGAUAACGUCGACGUAUUGCUGAGUGCACUCAAUGAACUAGGAUACAACUAUACCGACGUGAACGGCAGACAUCAGCUCGGAUUCAUGAGGAUACAGACGACAUCGUACUUUGGUGAAAGAGUUAGUGCGUUCACAGCUUUCAUUGAGCCCAUUAGAAAGUUAAGAUCUAAUCUAGAAAUAUUAUCAGAAGCUUUAGCAACUAAAAUAAUUUUUGACGAUAACAGAGAAACAAUCAAAGCUGUCGGUGUAGAAUAUAUCAAAAAUGGUACAAGAAUGAGAGUUAAAGCAGCAAAAGAAGUUAUAUUGUGCGCUGGAGCUAUAAACAGCCCAAAGUUACUUAUGCAAUCAGGAGUAGGACCUAAAGAAUAUUUAGAAUAUCUAGACCUAAAAGUAGUAUAUGACCUCCCAGUAGGAGGAAACUUUCACGACCACUUGUCAGUGUGCCUGCCAGUAAUAAAACUAACAAAAACAUCUACGACAUCAAAGUUUCCUGAGAAGCUAAAAGACAUCACGACAUAUUACUCUAAAGGCGUCGGACCUCUGUCAGCGAAUUUCCAAGUGGUGGCUUUCUUGGAAACUACAAUAUCGGAUAUUUUAGGAACUCCCGACAUUGAAGUGAGGUUCAAGGGACAUGAUUCAAACAUGUAUUAUGACAAGAUCGAAAUGUGUGUAUCGUUGUUGACUCCUAAAAGCCGAGGUCAGGUAGUUUUAAAUGCCUCAGACCCGAUCUUCGGAAAGCCUUUAAUUUAUCCGAACUAUUUAAAAGAUCCUACUGAUGAGAAAAAGUUAUUAGAAGGCAUACAAGAAAUUGUUAAAUUAUUCGAUACAGACGUUUUCAAGAGUGCGGACUAUGCCUUUGAUCCUCGCCCAAUACUGAACAAUGACUGCAAGGAUCAUGACCGUGUGUCGGAAGACUUUUGGUUGUGUAUCAUCAAACACUUUUCAACACCGUUACACAAUUACGCCGGUACGUGCAAAAUGGGUACUUCAAAAGAUCCUGAUUCAGUAGUAGACAAGAAUUUAAGAGUGUAUGGAGUAAACAAUUUGAGAGUCGUCGAUGCGUCUGUCAUGCCAAAAAUAACCCGCGGUUCAACUGCGGCGCCUGUUAUAAUGAUUGCAGAGAAAGCUAGUGAUAUAAUAAAAACUACUUGGUAUUAA